CUUAAUAUGUGAAGUUGGAUAUUUGUUGAAUUCUCAAGGUCUACUCAAGGUCUUAUGUCAGCUGAAAACCAAGGUUUAUCCGGCUUUGUUUGCCCUGAGUGUCUUGGGGCUUUCUCAGAUUCAGACUCACUUAUGAUACAUUUCGAGUCGUCACAUGCUAGUCUCUCCAAUAAUACUGAAAAAUCUCUUGCUAAGGAUGAUCAUAACGGUGACUCAAAUAAAUUCGAUUCCUAUGAAAACUUAGUGGCGGAACUAUCUACGCAUAAUUUGAACUUAUUGAACAGAAUUACAGACCUUGAAUCUGUGAUUCAUCUCCUUCUGAAUGAACCUCCUUUGGUAAAUCCUUUAACAAUAAAGGAUGAGGAACUCCAACAGAAAGUGGUCAGUUUCCUGGAUUAUCAAACACAGUUAGCACAAAGUUAUACAUCCAUUAAGUCAACUGAAGAAGAUCUAACGAAAAAGGAUGAAACAAUCAAUUUAUUACAAAAACAACUAGAUGAAUUACAAAUGAAGGUACCGGAAGAGAUUAUGAAGAUAGAUGUAAGCACAUACACUUAUGUUGAUGUUAAAAGUGUCCAAUCACAAUGUGUUUUAGAGGAAUUACCAAUGACCAAUCGAUCUGAAAGCACAACAAUACCAUCAAAUGACAAUAAUUCAUUGUUAGAAGAAAAAUUACAAUCUCUCUCAUCUGAAAAUGAUUCUUUAAAACAAGAAUUAUUAUCCAUAAAAACUGAAUUAAAUCAUUCAACGAAUCAAUUACAUGAACUCAUUGAAUCAAAAACUAAUGAAAUGCAUAAAUAUGAAAUGGAAUUAACUAAUCGUUCAACGCAUUUAUCAUUGGUUGAAAGACAAUUACAGGAAUUAAAAUUGACCAAUCAAAAACUUGUUGAUGAUGCAUCAACACAUCUGCAAUGGAAAGAGAAUUUACAAUUGGAAUUGAAAACAAUACAAAAUGAAUUGGAAGGCAAACAGAAACAAUAUGAAAAUGAUAUUAAUCGACUAACUGAUGAACUGUCUGAAUCAAAACAAUUAAAUACUACACUUCAAACAAAAUGUCAACAACUUCAAUCGGAAGCCGAUGACGCUGUAAAAGCAAGUCAAGUUUGUGAAGAGAAAUUAAUUAGUUUGGAAAAGAAUCUUGAAAGUAUUCGUUCCGAGUCACAAACAGAAUCAAAAUUAUCCAAGAAAGAAAUUGAUUCUCUAAUGGAAAAAUUAAUUAAUGCUGAAGAUGCAAAUGUAAAUCUUCAAAAUGAAUUAAACGCUAAAUUGAAAGAAAUUAAAGAAUUACAAACGGCUGUCAAUGAAUUAGGCAGAGAGAAUCAAAUACUUCAGGUUCUACGUGAUCGUUUAACUAAUCGUCAAUGGACUAAAGAUGAUGAAGCUUUAACAUGUUUUGGUUGUGAUCGUGAAUUCUCUAUCAGUACACGAAGGCAUCAUUGUAGAAAUUGUGGUGGUAUAUUUUGUCAAAAUUGUUCUUCUAAUCGAGCUUCUACAACAUUCAGUAAAGAUCCAGUUCGUGUAUGUCAAAUGUGUUAUCAAGAGUUGACUAAUCAUAGUAAUCAUAAUCAUUCAUAAACUGCUCUCUGUCAAAUAAAUAAUCAAUCAUGUGGUUGGUUGGCUAGACAAAAACUGAAUGAAUUAUCUGAGCUGUGUAUAUACGUACUUAUAAGUGAUUAUUGCCUAAUCAUCAAAGUAUUCUUACUGCAUAUAUAUGAAUCAAUUUAUGUGUACCAUUCUUCCCUCCCAUUAUCUAUCAUGUUAUGCUUUAUUUGAACAUAAUUGUGAUUUUUGUGUCAUUGACCUUUUUUUUAAAUGGAUUAUGUAUACUACUUACUAUGAAUACUACUUAUUUCUGUUGAAUUUACAAAGCUUGUGGCUUGUGACGUAACUUUCAUACUUUCAUAUUUAAUUAUUUCUUUAGUUAUUUCUUUCAUCAUAAUAAAUGUUUGCUUGAUAUAUAUUGAAGAAAAAAAAUGCUGGCUUUUCCAGUCAUA